AUGAUACGAAGUAGCAAGUUUCAGAUCAUAAAUCAAUUGACUAACCGAUUGCUAAAUUCAUCAUCAAUCACUACUAAAAGGUAUAUUUCAAUCAAUCAAUUUAGUAAUAACACCGAAGAUACUAAACAAGAUUUAAAUGAAUUAAAUCAAACAACAACAAAUCUUGAAAAUAUUCAAAAUGUAAAUACUUUAGUUCCUUACAAGACAAUAGAAACUGCAAAAUUUAAAACUAUAGAAAUACCCCCAACUUUAUUAUCUAUUGAUUCACCACCUUCUGUACCUAUAUAUUUAAAAAGAGGUUCAUUAAUUUCAAUAUUUGGUUUAAAAAAUUAUAAUAAUACCACUAAUAAUUCCAUUUCAAAUAUAAGAAAUACUAUUGAAUACCCCCACUUUUGGCAAAAAUUAUGGUUAUUCAAUGGAUUAAUUCAACCAUUUCAAAAAAUUAUUUCAACUAUUCCCUUUUCAAUAUUAGUAAGUACAAAUACUAAAAUCACAACACUUAAUGAAAAAACAUUUAUAAAUUUAAUUAUUGAUGGUAAAACAGAUUGGGCAAUAUUAAACCCCAAUUCAAUUCAUGUAUAUACUGGAAAUUCAUUAAUUAUAACAUUACAUUCAAUACCAAAAUUUAUAUCAAAACAAUUAAGUAAACAAUUAAAAUUAAAAAAAAGAAUUGAAACUGGUUUAAAAUCUUUUAAAACAAAAGGUUAUUCCCUUGUAAGUGGUAGAGGACAAAUUGCUCUCACAGGUAAUGGAGAAAUUUAUCAAAUAAAUUUAAAACAAGAUGAAGAAAUUAUUUUAAAUAAAAAUUUCUUGUUGGGUAUUACAGUAAAUGGACCAUUUGAUUUAGAAAAUUGUAUUUUAAUUGAUAAUUCAUUAUCUAAUUCAAUUUCAACUAACAAUCCAAUAAUCAAGUCACCAGCAAAAGAUAUAGAUACUAAUGUUGUCGUAGUAGAAGACAUAGAUUCUAAGAAACCUAUUCCUAAAAAUCAACCAGUAUUAGUUCAACCAUCAGCAUGGGAUCAAAUUAAAAUAUCAUUUGCAAAAACAAAAGCAAUAUUACACAAUAUCCUGAAUCAUAUACAUCAUUAUUAUAAUAUCCUUAAAUUAAAGUGGAACAAUUUUUAUUUAGGAAACUCUCAGUUUAUAAAAAUUAUUGGACCAAGAAAUAUUUUAAUUCAAUCAUCACCUGGUAUUAAUUCAUCGUUGAGACAACUGAUUUUUUCUAAUUCAAGCACAACGAAAAAGAUAAAAACUUAUGAACAAAUUAUUUCAGAACCAAUUACAUCUAAAUCAAACCUAUCAUCAAAAGAUUAUUUAAGUUAUGUUACAAUUGAUUCAAAAGAUAAUAAUGUUAAAUUUGAAAAUACUCCAAAUUUUAAAGAUUCCAUUGAAGAAAUUGAAAAAUCAUCAAAAAAGUAA